AUGUCUAAAACAAGAUCUCAGAGAAGUCAAUCAAUUACGGAACCUGCUUCCGUAAAGGAUGAUAACAUAUUAUGUUGUGUAUGUGAUGCGGUGGUUCAAAUCGAGCCUUCGGCCUUAUAUGAUGAAUUGGUGAAAUAUGCUAGCAAAAGUAAAAACAUGAAGUUUUAUUGUGAUAAUUGCGUGAAACAUGCUGAUGGUUUCAAAGGUCUUUUGCAGAUGCUUAACGAAAAAUUUGAAUCCAUUGAUUCUCGUCUUAAAACGUUCGAUUCCAUUGAUAUUGGGAUGAAAAAUCUGCAGUUGAGGCUUGAGUCAAGCGGUGAGAACCUAAACGUGGUAAAGAGUAAUUCUAAAAUUGUCGAUAACGAGGCUGCUUCUUUGAGAAAUAUGAUCAGUACUUCAUUUUCCAAUGUGGUAAAAAAGGACCUCGACGUAGUUAGUAAAGAGGUCAUCUCCGUUCGCAGAACAAUUGAAGUGGCAAAUGAAGUUAAGGCCCGUGAGAACAACAUAGUUCUCUUUAAUUUCAGCGAAGACUUGGAUGUUGCUAAAGAUAGGGGCAAUGUUCUUGGCUUUUUAAGGUUCCUAACAGACGAGUCUCUGAAAGAUGAUGACAUAUUGAAAAUAUUUAGACAAGGUAAAAAGCCAAGCGUACCGUCUCCCCCGCGUCCAGUGAUUGUUAAGUUUAUCAACCUUUCUGCAAAAGUCCUGGUUAUGAGAAGAUUGUUCAGAUUAUUGAGCAGUUGGAAGCACAACAGACAUCGCUUGUUGAACGACGAGACAGAACCACUGAUGCACAGCCUAGCUAACUCGUCAUCAUCCAACUCCCACCUCAGCAUAACUGCCAACGUGUUGAAGGUUUCCUCGAUAGACAAUCCGGCCGACUGUUUCGCAGCCGACGUCGUCAUCCAGGCAACGUGGAGGGAGGCGGCACUCGACAGCCUUCCUCUAAAGAUCAUCAGCAACAUGAAUGUUCUGAAACACUGGAACCCAAAAAUAAUUGUGAGCAAUUAUUUGGACAAGUUGAAUGUCAAGAUGGCGAGCUCAUUUUUCAUAGAUUCGCAGCAAAACGUUAAAGCCAAACUAAUCUUGCGCUUCAAAGGCCUUUUUUCAUUCUUCUGCUCGGACAGCGACUUUCCUUUCCAGAAACUAAUCCUUCCCAUCCACAUAACCUCGGAGUUGAGCAUCAAGCAUCUGCUGUUCGUGAAGGAUGAGGCGGCAUCGCUGAACAGCAUCUCUACCUUCCAGGAAUGGGACAAGUGGAGUUUGCAACCAAACCUCAAACUCGUCUUUUCCGUCCAAAGUCAGAUAUUUCACCGAGGAGUGAACAACUUGCCAGUUGAUUUCAUUGGAGUUAAGCAUUCCGUGGUCUGCAUACAGUGUCCAGCUGAACGGAGGAAGAUUUAUUUCAUAUUGAAUGUCUACCUGCAACAAAUUGCCUUCAGCUUUCUGACUCUCUCAGUUUUCAGCAUCAACUUCCGUUUGAUCAACUUCCGGUUGUUCUUCAGCUUUUUCGUCCUCUUCAUAAACACGUGCUUCAAAAAUUUCAACAUUGAGACGCACUCGAACAAAGUUCCAUCGAGUAACAACGAAAGCUUGUUUAUUCUUAUUUGGAUGAUACAAUUUCUCGCCUGCAUCUGGCACGUGCUCGUUUCCAUCUUCUUCCACACCUACAUCCUCAUUGAUUAUUAUGACGUCAUCGUCAUGCUGGCAUUUUCUGCUCUGUUCUUCGUCGCUUUCAUCCUCUUCUUCAUCUCAACAACCUGUGUGCAAUUCAUGCAAAAAGGCGAGUCUCAUGCGUGUGGUGUGGUGUGUCGUGGUGUUGCGUGUCAUAAUAUGGCGUAUCAUGGUGUUGUGUGUCGUGAUGUGUCGUGCAAGGUAUGUGGUAUGGUCAUCGAGUUAACUCUUUCAGUGGAAGUGCCAGGGACAAGAGCGAUAUUAGGAGCUUCCUACUCGACGAGGUCAGCAGGGUCAUCCAAGGGGGACACAGACUCCCUCGAAUCAGCUGAUGUCUUCAAAUUCUGGAAUGCCUGAACUUGCAGCUGAAACAAUCAUUCAAUAACUCAAUCGAUUAAUCAACCACAAAUAAAUAAAUAAAUAAAUCAACAAGCUAAUGAUUCAAUCGCCCACCAACUCUUCUGAAUAUUCAAUUAUUCACUCAAUAAGCAAAUCAAUCAAUCAUUCAUUCACUAUGUACGAUAUUUUUGUGUCAAAGAACGAAUCACAAGAUCGUUCGUUCAGUCUGUUAACUUCCUUCAGCAUUAUAGAUUAAUUUAUUGACAUUUAUCGAUUACUUAUCUGAUUGUUGAUACUUUCAUUCACGCUAUUAAUAAUUGCUUCCAAUCGCUAA